AUUAUCUAAAUUUUCUCCAUAUAAUCGCUUAUCAUCAGCAUCUAAUUUUUAGAGAUUGCAUCAGAAUGUUAUGAAUGCAGUUCGGAAAACUUUUUGCAUUACGUAAAAUCACGCAAUCGUAAAAAAAAAUAGACAAAGUUUGCACAACGAAAUGCCAUCGAUAUACUUUUCGCAUUGUGACACUUGCCCUACCGCACCACAUAAGUAUUGAGUAAUCACACCAAAAUUCGAUUACGGAAUUAGGUACAGGCAUUCUUCAAAUGCCUCUUACGUGAGGAAAACCAGUCAACCCAAAAUUGCUGACCGUUCAGGCUGACCCAUCUUCGGGAAUCAACCAGUUUUGCAGUAGCCCAUACCGUCGCUGGUAUAAAAGCUACCUUCCCGGCGUAUCAGGUAUUAGUCCAACCGUAACAUUUCCGCGUAACACAGUGGAACGCAAAAGCACGAAAAUGAGAGUUAUUGCACUGAUAUGCCUUUUUUUCUUAGCCUGCGAGGCCAACUUCGUACCAGUCUCUAUGCCUAUCCCCAUCCCGAUUCCCUCGCCUGAAAUUCGCAACGUGGAAAAGAAAAUCCAAUCGGUGAAGGAAGUCAAAGUUCCGGUGGUAAAGCAAGUGCCCGUCGAGGAAGUAGUGCAGCAUGUGAACGAGGUUCCGGUCAUCAAAGAGGUUCCGGUGAUAAACGAGGUCAAAGUGUUCCGUGACGUGGAGGUGAUCCGAGAAGUACCGGUGGAGAGGGAGGUACAUAAGCGAGUGGAGGUUCCCGUUGAAGUCAUCAGGGAAGUUGAGGUGAUCAAGGAGGUGCCGAUUGUCAAGGAGAUCCCCCACGUUAAGGUGGUAAAGGUCUUGAGGGAAGUUCCGGUGGAGGAAAUUGUCGAAAAGGAUGUGUACGAGCCGGAAACUAAUGCUGUGCGAAUCCCCAUCCGUGUGCCGGUCAUUCAGGAGGAAGUGCAAGAAGUCACCGAACCAGGCAAACUUAAAAAGUUUUGGAGUAAACUCGGAUAAACGAAC